AUGACUCAUGGAUACACCGAUGAAUGUUCGACUGGAGGACACAACUGCCAUUCUUUAGCCACGUGUAACAACACUGUGGGGAGCUUUAGUUGUGCCUGCAACGCUGGGUACACUGGAGAUGGUGUGAGCUGCGUAGACGUGGAUGAAUGUAGUACCGGGAGCCAUGAUUGUGACGUCAACGCCAACUGUGCGAACACUAUUGGCUCAUUUGACUGCCGUUGUGUUGGUGGUUACCAAGGCGACGGCAAGACAUGCACUGAUGAGGACGAAUGCAUCACAAACAACAAUGACUGUGACGUCCAUGCAGACUGCCUCAACACUGUAGGCUCGUUCCAGUGCGCAUGCGUGGCAGGUUACCGGGGUGAUGGGACGACGUGUGUAGAUGUCAAUGAGUGCGUUGAAGACAUCCACGACUGUCAUCCGUACCUUGGGCUGUGCGAGAACAGCCCUGGCGGAUUCCGGUGUCACUGCAGGUCCGGAUAUUGUGGCGACGGCCGAGUCUGUUACGACAUAGACGAGUGCAUCUCGGGUAUCGACGGCUGCCAUCAUAACGCCACCUGCACCAACAUGGCGGGGUCCUACAUCUGCACCUGUAACACCGGGUACACUGGGAACGGGACCGCCUGUGGACCGUUGGAUGAGUGCGCAGCAGGCGUCCACAACUGUGCCCAGCACGCGGACUGUCACGACUUGCCCGAAUCCUUCUUCUGUACCUGUCACCAUGGUUACCGCGGAGAUGGCGUUGUUUGCGAGGACAUCAACGAAUGCCUUGACGACACUCACGACUGUCACCAGAACGCCACGUGUACGAACACAGAUGGUUCGUUCUACUGCGUGUGCGCUGACGGCUUCCGCGGAAACGGGACACACUGCCGAGAUAUCAACGAAUGCCUGUUGGGUACGGAUGGCUGUGACGUACAUGCUACCUGUACCAACGUGGACGGGUCGUACCACUGUGACUGCAACACUGGCUACACCGGAAACGGCACCCUCUGUAGAGAUCGUGACGAGUGUACUGAAGAGACAGACGACUGCCACCAGAACGCCACAUGUCACAACAGCCCCGGGUCCUACCACUGCUCUUGUAACACCGGGUACUCUGGUAACGGGACUCAUUGUCAAGACGUAGAUGAGUGUUCUCUAGGUGCAAACGACUGUCAUCUGUUCGCGUCGUGUACUAACACGCCUGGAUCGUUCUACUGUACAUGUUUCCAUGGUUACCGAGGGGAUGGCGUCACCUGUACGAACAUCGAUGAAUGCCAGGAGCAAGUACACAGCUGUGACGUCAACGCCGACUGUACGGAUCUGCCUGGGUCCUUCUCCUGCGCAUGUCACAUGGGAUACCGCGGGAACGGCACGCACUGCUCAGAUAUAGACGAAUGUGCAGCGGCCCACGACUGCCACAGGAACGCCAUAUGCACGAAUCUUCCCGGGACUUACAACUGUUCCUGUCAGACGGGAUAUGUCGGCAACGGUCUACUCUGUGAUGACAUAAACGAGUGUGACACAGGGUCGCACGACUGCCACCUGGAGGCUGACUGUUUGAACAGACCAGGAUCAUACCACUGCGUGUGCAGGGUGAACUACAGAGGCAACGGGACCUACUGCGAAUUCCAUGCUAUGCGAUUGGCCAUCACGUGCAACACUAACUGUGGCGAUUUGGUGAACCCAUCGAGACCGCUCCGUCUUCUGGCCAACUGCACCAACUGCCCCAGGGGCACACGGCCCGCCUACACGUGGUACCUGUACCGGGACAAUGGCUGGCACUCCAGGAACGGGUCUCUUCUCACGGAGGUGGACCUGCCUCCUCUCACUACGACAGGCAUACGUGCGGUGAGCCUGUCUGUAAAGGAGGGGAGUCUUGACGCUAAGGAGACGUACCGAGUGUGGCUGCACGGUAACGUUACCGGUGUGGGAGACGGCUGGGCAGAACUGGUGCUGAGGACCAACAGCCCUCCUGAGAACGGCACCUGUCGGAUCAGUCCAGCUUCAGGCUACGCCUAUCAGACGCGGUUCACGAUCGAGUGUACCGGAUGGGUGGACGAGAACACUGGGCGGAACGGCAGCCUCUCCUACUUCUUCUUCGCCCAGGUCGGGGAGGACAGCACGCUCCUGAUGCACGGAAGUGACGCAGAGACGCCGCCCAUCUACAUCCGGGUCGGCGAUCCCGGGAAGAACUGGACGGUGGACGUUGACAUUCGCAUCAUCGACGUCGCCGGGGAUUACAGAUUAUAUCACCUGGCUGCCCAGGUAUUGCCGAGAUCUGACUGGUCCACUCUGACCGUGGAUAACGACUAUCUGAGGCGCACCAUCGCUGCCUUCAACACGUCCCUGCAGUUACCCGGUACCGACACGUGUACACUCGUGACAACUGCCGUGGAGGCAGUGGGAUCCACGAUAAACAACAAAGCCGCCUUGUGCUGUGGCUAUGCGAGUGAUUUUUAA